AUGUUUAUUAAUAUAUGUAGUCUGGCAAAAACAAAAAAUCGAGUACGAGCUGUAGUUGCACUGGAGGCAGACUUGGUCAAUAACGAUAUGGAUGUAUGUGUGGUGAGCGAGAGUCACCUGAAACCUGAAAUGCCAGAUGCUGUGGUGACCAUUCACAAUUAUUCAAUAUUUAAAAGAGAUAGAAGUUGGGAAGGACGCGAUAUGAGAGCAAAAGGAGGGGUAGCAAUAUAUGUUCGGAACAACUUAAAAGUUAUUGAUAUUUAUCGAUCCAGUUUGUACGAACUUAUUGGUGUCACACUUCUGUUACCUACAGGAAACCGCAUGUUGAUAUAUGGCCUUUAUCACCCACCUAGGCACAAUAAUCUGGAGAGCGACUUAUUGAAUUAUUUGAUAAAUAUUUCUGACGACGUUCUGGACAAAUAUCCAGACACUGUAAUUGUUUGUGGAGGGGAUUUGAACAGUUUGGACAUAAAACACCUUGAGGAACUAUCAGGAUGGGAUGCAAUGGUCGACUUUUCAACAAGGGGUAACGCAUGUUUGGAUAACUGCCUUACAAAUAGAAUAGAUUUGUUCUCAAAAUGUUAUCCUUUCCACAUGUUAACUAAAACAGACCACAUGGGGGUUAUUUUACCAGCAGGAACGAAACUAAAACCUAUGCGCCGAAAGGUUGAAUUUCGGGAUUGUAGAAAGCAUCGAAAGGAAGAUUUCCACAAAGCUUUAGCAGAAGAAGAUUGGGAGGAUGUAUCGCAGUCCACGAAUGUAAAUGACGCUGUGAAUUGUCUUGAACGUAAGAUCAUGGAUCAUAUGAAUAAAUGUAUGCCCACAAAAACAGUCUCAAUUUCGUCACGUGACCCUUACUGGAUGAGUCCUUUAAUUAAAUCUUUGCUAAAAUCUAAAUCCAGAAUUGCUCGGUCGCAAAAGGAUAGACUCAGUUUAAUUAACAAAAGGAUUUCUGAUGUCAUUUGUCAAAACAGAAGAAAUUUUAGGGCCUUGGUGGGAAGUAGAACUUGGUGGAGAAAGACGAAUGAUAUUUCUCAGCGAAAUGCAUCGUCAUCAAGAGUUACUUUAGAUAAUGCAUCACUUACAAGAUUAAAUCGCUACUUUGGCGAACUCUGCCACGAUGAUAGUUAUGUCGAACCGACGCUCUCAAUUAUUGGUGAUGAAGUAGAUAUUCCUAGCUUUACGGAACAGCAGGUAUGGAAUGCCUUGAAAAGAAUAAAGAGGACAGCAACAGGUCCCGAUUAUAUUCCCUAUUGGGUUUGGAAUGAUCAUGCGGAAAUUCUAACCGAAGUUAUAACUAACGUCUGGAAUUUGUCCCUUUCAUCACAUACUUGGCCAGAUUCAUGGAAAAGAGCGAAUAUUAACCCUCUUGCAAAGGUUGAUUUACCAAAGGAAGAUGGUGACUUUCGUGGAAUAAAUAUUACACCUGUAAUUGCGAGGACCUUCGAAAAGCUCGUUUAUAAUAGUCAGGUCAAGUCGACAGUUGAGGAAAUUUUAUCCCCAACGCAAUUUGCGUACAGGCAGGGGGGGAGUUGUACAAACGCUCUGUUAACUAUUCAGAACAAAGUACUCAGCUUCUUAGAUAGAGCGGACUGCAAAGCAGUUAGACUGUUUUCUAUGGAUUUUAGCAAGGCUUUCGACUCAGUGAAACAUUCACUCCUCUCGGAAAAGUUAAAAACUGUGCCACUCAACCCUUAUAUCAUAAAUUGGUAUUUAAAUUUUCUAAAGAAUAGAAAGCAAAGAGUCGUUUGUAACGAUUUUUGUGGAGAAUGGAUGGAUGUUAAUAAGGGUACAACACAGGGGAGCGUAAGUGGCCCCUACCUUUUUAAUAUUUUCCUAAAUGAUUUAGAGGUGGACAUAGACGGCGAGAACGCUCUUUUUAAAUAUGCGGACGAUUCAAAUAUAAUAGUGCCAGUUUGGAGUGAGGGUCCUGAUACAUCAACAGAUACAGUUGGACAAUUCCUGAGCUGGUCAGAUGAUAAUUUUAUGACUUGUAACCCUGGUAAAUGUAAAGAGCUUAUCAUCCGGAAGAAGGGAUAUAAUGAUCAACUUGACAAUGUUUAUAAUAUACCCCAAUGCAAAGAACUUCCCAUUUUAGGUACUACUUUUCAAGACAAUCUCAAGUUCACCAGUCAUGUGCGAGGUAAAUUGGUCAAAGCAAACAAAUGCUUGUACGUUAUACGAACACUCAGGGCAGAAGGCUAUAGCCAAUGUGAGAUAGAUUAUCUAUUUAAGACCCUAGUAAUAUCAACUAUAACGUUUGGCCUGUCCGUCUACGGUUCUUCUCCAGCCGAACUCAAUACUCUACAACGGUUUUUUGACAGAUGUUUUAAGCGAACGUAUAUAUCAGAACCUGUAAAUAUUAGAUAUCUUUUAGAAAUACAAGACAGAAAUAUUUUUAAAGCUUCUGUAAAUCAGAAGAGUGCCAUAGUCGACUUGAUACCAAGAAAAAAAUUCACAAGCUACUCUUUGAGGACAGAGUUUAGUCAGUAUCCAAGAGUGAACACGGAACGUUUUAAAUUGUCGUUUGCAAAUAGAUUAAUUUUUAACUAUAACCUAUUCAUAUGA